GUGGGGGCCGCGCCAGGCCUCCUCUCGGCUGGGGGCGGGGGCUAGGAAUGGCGUACGCGGGCCCGCUGUCGGCGGUGCUGGGUUUGCUGCUUGCGUCCGCGCUGCUCGGUGUCCUCGGAGAGCGCCCCAGCCCACAUCUUGGGGCACACGCAGAGCGCCCCUCCCAGGGCGGACCCGGGGCCACCGGGGCCGCCGAACCCCGGCGGCGGCCGCCACCCAAGGAGCAGCGGGAGCGGGCCAGAGCUGGAGCGCUGUCUUUGGGGGCGCUGUACACCGCGGCUGUCGUGGCUUUUGUGCUGUACAAGUGUUUGCAGGGCAAAGAUGAAGCUGCAGCCGUCCAAGAGAAGAACAGGAAGUCAUUGCAAUCAGAGCAACAGCUGGCCCAGUUGACACAACAGCUGGCCCAGACAGAGCAGCACCUCAGCAGUCUGGUGGCCCAGCUUGACCCACUUUUUGAGCGGGUUACGACUCUGGUUGGAGCCCAGCGAGAGCUUCUAAACAUGAAGCUACAGACCAUCCACCAGCUUCUACAAGACUGCAAGCCGGACAAGGACAUGGAGGUUCCAGAACCAGAAGCCAGCCUACCUUUUCCUGAGGACUUGAGAAAGGAAGAGGUUGAUCAGGAGGCUGGUAACAGUCAGACCUGGGCGAAACCUAUACAUUGCAGCCCAGGGACGUGGAGCCUAGGUUCUUCCUGGGAAGUGGAGCAGGUACUGAGAAGAAGAUGUGGCAAGGCGGGGACAAAUGCCUCAGCAGUGAAGGAGGGACAACUGAGGGUUUAGUACAACGAAGUCUGUUCCUGUGACGAUUCUCCUACGUGCUUCCCCCCCCCCUCCCCACUUCCAGCUGGUCAUAUGCACACCCAUACUAGGUGCCUCCUUGGAAAGGUUCCCUUAUUAGGAAAAAAGAGGCUGCCUUUCAGUGAGGGCACAGAAGACUGAGGGAGCUCAUUGUUUCCCUUUGUUCAUAAGGCCACCAGCACACCAGCCUUGAGCCUUUUCUAAUAGCUGAGACAGAAGUAUCUUCUCAAAACAAAAAUAAAACAAGUACUUUAUUAAAA